AUGCUUCAGGCUCUAGGAGGCACGGUGCCUCCAAACACCGACCAUGCUAUCAGCGUCUCUCUCCCGACAUGGAAAAGCAAUGUUGGAUACGAGGAGGGGCAGGACUGGGUUCUGAGCCGCAUGGAAUGCGGAUAUCCGAGAUUCUACGUCCACCCUUUGAUUCAAUCGCUCGGCCAGGAAAUCCUGCGUCGUUCCGGUAACACAGAGCUCGAAGCCGCAACCCUUUUCCCUUCGUUGAGAACUGCAGAGUUAUGCCGGGAUUUCAUCGUGGCAAGAAUACCCCCCGGAGAGACGUCGAAACUUCGAAUUGUCAGUUAUGCGCCAUCUUCCAAGGCCGCUUCCGAUAUACGUUCCAACGUGACCUCGAAGCUGUUCUGUGUGAUAUACCCUAAAGCCCUGGCCCCUAUAGCAAAACAGGUGUGGCAGCAUUCCGGAGAUGGUAUAUCAAGUCGACGAAGCGAAUUCUGCUCCAAUGCUCUGCAAGAUGGCUAUCUUGUGGAGGACACUUCUGCAGGGGCCGACGGUAAGCCUUCGAUAUUUUCCAAGGGCCCGAGACGCUACCAACAGCGAGCCCCUACGCCUAGGGAGCCUGAUCAUGGAUCCAAAACAGUCGAAUCCUCGGAUGGACGAGAAUACUCGGAAUUCGUGGAAGAGCGAUUUGGUCGCAAUCUUAGUACUACAUUGGCGAACAACGCUAAAAGAGCAGUGCGGAGACGAAUUGCUGGUUCCCUCACUGCUAAUGUUGACCUCCACGAGGCCCUAGAAAGCGAAGCGGCAAGUGGCAGGAUCGCAGGCUUGACAGAAGAAGACGUUUUCCUCUAUCCCGGCGGCAUGAGCUCGAUUUUCAACACACACCGGACCCUCUUAAAUACCAGGGGUUCCUUGAAAAGUAUAUGCUUUGGAUUUCCUUACACAGACACGCUGAAGAUACUGGAAAAAUGGGGUCCCGGGUGCUUGUUUUACGGCCACGGCUCUUCGGAAGACUUGGACGAUUUGGAAUCACGCCUGGAGCAGGGAGAAAGGUUCCUCGCGUUAUUCACGGAGUUCCCAGGAAACCCGCUGUUGAAGUCUCCAGACCUCAAGCGCAUCAGUGAACUGGGAAAGAAAUAUGACUUUUUCGUCGUGGUGGAUGAGACCAUUGGCAACUUUAUCAAUGUGAAUGUCUUGCCGCACGCCGAUGUUGUAGUCAGCAGUCUAUCGAAGAUCUUCAGCGGUGAUAGUAAUGUCAUGGGAGGCAGUGCUGUACUCAAUCCGCAGAGUCGUCAUUAUCAUACCUUGAAAACUAGGUUUGUGGCAGACUAUGAAGAUAAUUUGUGGGCUGAGGAUGCUGUGUUCCUCGAGAGAAACAGCCGUGACUUCAUAGCCAGAAUCGAGAAGAUCAACGCGACAACGGAAUUCAUUACUGAAAUUCUCAAGUCGUCACCACUAGUGAAGGAUGUUUAUUACCCCAAAUACAGUCCAACGAGACCAUUUUAUGAAGCAUGCUGCCACUCGACCGGGGGUAAUUACGGUGGUCUCUUUUCAGUAACAUUUCAUUCGACUGAAGAUGCCAUUGCAUUCUUUGAUGCGCUUGAAAUAAUGAAAGGACCGAGUCUGGGGACGAAUUUCACAUUAAGCUGUCCGUACACACUGCUAGCUCACUACGGUGAAGCUGAUUGGGCUUCUUCUUUCAAUGUUCCUUUUGACUUGAUCCGAGUCAGCGUAGGGCUGGAAGAGCCCGAAGAUCUCGGCAACCGCUUUAAACAUGCUUUGGAUGCGAUCAAGCAGAACUCUGCGUAG